UGCAACCCUAAUGACACCAUAUUCUUGUUAAUGUGAGUGUGAUUUGUUAUUUGUUUUUGUUGUGAAUUAAAAAUAAAUGCGAGUGAAUCCUGUUUUAUCGCAAAAAGUUAACUGAAAAUAUGCAGUAAUGACUCGUUUACAAGCAUGCAGAGUAUGCUUGGCACAUGAUGGCCGUAUGUAUUCAAUAUUGAAUGGGCCACUUCAAGCGAUUUAUGAAAAUAUCACUGAUAUUCCGCUAGUAAUGGGUGAGAUAUGGCCUACAUGCAUAUGUUACAUAUGCUACCAUAUGAUUAAAAAAAUCCAAAAUUUUAUACAUAAAUCACUAAAGGCAAAUGAGCUCUUGUUGCAACUCAUCAGUUCUGAGUCCGAGGUCACCAUAGACGCACUUAAUAUGAUUGUGAAUCAACAACCUGAUAUGGAAUCUUGGAAGUUGUCAGUGUCACAAAUGGAGAGUAUUAUGCUUUUAGACCCAGAAGCGAUUAAACUGGAGACUACUUUCAAGAUUGAGAGAGUGAAGUCUAAAUUGGAUCUCGAGGAGAAGCAAAAUCAAAAAGAAACAGAAGCAAAACUGCCCGAGAAACGUAAGUUGACCAAGGAAAACGAACUUAACCCUCCAACAGCGUCGAGAACAACCAAAGAAAACAGGGGAACAAAAAACGAAGCUCAAAUUGGUCAUCCAAAUAGAGUAACAGAAUUCAAAACUGAUGACAGUCUCUCUACACCAAACAUUUUCACAAAUAGUUACAAAAACGACAAUGUGGUAAAGAACGAACACAACAAAACCAUAAAUCCUAAAGAAACUUUUAUAUGUGAUAUCUGUAAAAAUAUAUUUUUUUGUAAAAACCAAUUGGAAAAUCAUAUAAAUAAAUCACAUACUGAAAUUACCACCAUAGCUAACAAAAAUAAUACCAUGUCUUAUGAAAUAAACUUUAAUGAUAAUAAAAUCAAAUUAAAGAACCACACUGGUUCUGUAACGAUAAGCAACCGUGGUCAUUCGAUAAAUAAACGCGACAGUAAGACUGAUCUGAAACAAAGACCGUAUAACAAUAGUACCUGUGAUAGACGAAUUCACUCGGGAGAGAAACCUUAUAAAUGUAACGUCUGCGAUAAAAGAUUUACUGAUAAAGGUCCUUUAAACAGACAUCGAAGAAUUCACACGGGAGAGAAACCUUAUAAAUGUAACUUCUGUGAUAAAAGAUUUAAUCAAAUGUGUAAUUUAUCCAGUCAUAAAAGAAUUCACACGGGAGAAAAACCUUAUAUGUGUAACGUCUGUGAUAAAAGAUUUACUCAAAUUAGUAGUUUAUCUAACCAUCAACGAAUUCACACGAGAGAAAAACCUUAUAAAUGUGACUUCUGUGAUAAAAGAUUUAAUCAAAUGGGUCAUUUAUCCACACAUAAAAGAAUUCACACGGGAGAGAAACCUUAUAAAUGUAACGUCUGCGAUAAAAGAUUUACUAAGAGUGGUGGUUUGUCCAUGCAUCAAAGAAUUCACACUGGAGAGAAGCCUUAUAAAUGUAGCGUCUGCGAUAAAAGAUUUACUCAAAUUAGUAGUUUAUCUAAUCAUCAAAGAAUUCACACGGGAGAGAAACCUUAUAUAUGUAACGUCUGCGAUAAAAGAUUUACUAUAAGUAGUUAUUUAUCCAAACAUAAAAGAAUUCACACGGGAGAAUAACUUAUAAAUGUACCUAGAUAAUAUGUGAUAAACAAAAUAAUAUUAACCAUUUAUAAGCCAUUUCUACCAACAUCGAAGAAUACGGGAAAGAAAGGGAGCCAACGCGCACUUGGGAUAGUGAUCGACCAAUAAUUUAGUCCUUAUCGUACGAUUACCAAUUACCGAAGUAUUGUUUAAUAUUUCAAUCUCAUGGUGUAUGAUUUCAGAGGGACCAAACUGAAACGUGACUUAAGUGCAAAGGCGGCCUUAGGGGGCCCCAUUGCCUCGCUUAUUGCAGAACUACAUUUAUCGGUCGCGUUGUUCUGUGGCUCUUCAGAGAGCUAUAUAUUUCAUACAUUUAUUACAGUAACAACACAAGUACAGUUCUUAGUGCUACUGAAUGUAUGAAACCGAUCGCGUUACAACACAACACGACAGAUAAGUAUAUUUCUGGUUAAACCCAAGUCCAGUACAAUCCGAAGUAGACAAAAACUAAAUGGAGACGUAAAUAUGAUUAUACCAGACGCACUAGAUAAGAGGCAAUUUUAAUAAAAAAAAAUGCAUGGAGACAUUAUUAACUAAGCGUAUAUCCUGUUGUGUAAACACACUUGUGGCAUAUACUCUACUUCCGUUUCAUCCUUAUAGAUAUUCAAAGGUUUCAUCGGAUCUCAAGUCACAACGCUACUAUAGAAGUUUUCAUUUCAAAAAGCCAGAAUUGUGCUAAUAAUUAAUAUUAACUACCAACUGAACGUUUACUGUAAUAUACCGGGCAAACUUAAAUCUUUAAUAAUGUUCCAAAAAUUGCUAAAAGCGCUAGUGAAAAACAUCAACCUAGCUCGACAUCGAAUUACCGAUCUUUUGGUAUCAACCCUAAGACCGACUUCGUUCAGCUAUCCGUCUAUUGCGUGCGACGUGCUACAAAGUUACACCUACCUACCUAUCUCGUGUCAAAUACUCUACUUCCAAAUUCCAUAUACUCUACUUCCGUUUCAUCGAAUCUCAAGGCGCAACGAUAUUAAAGAUGUUUUUACUUCAAAAUAUUCAUAGGUUACAAACUUUUUUGUUAGCAAAAUCUUCGCUUCUUGUAACAAUGAUGACGUGUGUGAUUCUUUUAUAAUGACUUUGAUGAUAUUAGUGACAAUUAUUAUAGUCGUAGGUUCAUAAAUAAAUAUUUUGAUAUUUUUUCUUCAUUUUGUAAUUAAAAAUUAUAUUAUUAGUUAGCAGUUAGUACAUUGAAUUUACAAAACAACGAUGGUGAUUACUUACUAUCAGUACGAACCAUUAUCGAAUCCGUAAUAUCAUUGUCAUAUUUUGUAUGGAAACUUGAACAGCAGCACCAUAUCGGACGUAACGAGAACUAAAAAUCAGUACACAUUUGACAAUGACAUUUCGCACUCGCAAACUAUUCUAAUUCGCUAUUGGUUCGUGCUAAAGGUACAGAUGAGCCGUCUGCACGUUUGCCAUCUAUUAACUAAUGUAUAUAAAAACAGUGGUGUCUUGUACUUCACUGUAAUAUAAACUAAAAUUAUUAUAACAAGAAUAUUUAGCAGCAACACCACGUUAAAUUUUGGACCACUAUUCACGACGAAGGCUCUCGACUCAAUACCGUAUUUAUGACCGCUCCACUCGCUAGUCCGUCCCCCCUUCACGUCACGUGAUAAGAUGGUGGGGAGGUAAGGUGAUGUGGCGUGAUUUAGCAUAGACAAACUGAGAUAAAAACAAUAACUGUACUAUUGACCGAUGUGUAAAAAAUGCUAAUAUUAUAAAAAUGCUAACAAUAAGUUCCUUGGAGGUGCCAUUCGGGCCUAAGUAAGAUAAGCCACUAUGGUUCUCAUGGCCUCAACAGGCUAGUUGACCCUUUUUGAAAAAAGGUUUUAAAUGGUUAAUAAAUGUUCUAUUAGGCCGAAAAAAAAUGUAUUGUAUUUUUUUUAAACCUAGAAAGCUACAAACUUUAAUUUUAAAAUAGACUUUUCAUGGACAUACAAAAACGCUGUCGGCCAUUUUAGUCUAUAGAUUAUCUAUGCUAUGACGUGAACUGUGGUAAACAAAAACUCGUAAACACGUAGAAAAUUACUUAAAACUGAGUUUAUAAUAAAAAAAAAAAACAUGAUUUCUAAUAAAUACCACGAAAACUAAAGUAAUUAUCAUUACUGUAUUGUACGAGAAUAUAAAAACACAUCCUUGAAGACUCCAGGAAAGUUGUGGAUUAAAGUGCCGAAAGAAAUUAACCUACGCAACUUUAUUACAUUUAUUCAUAUGUUGUAUCAGUUUUAUGUUUAUUACUACAUUGUAAUACUAAAUGCACUGUACUUACAUAGAUGCCUUGUCAUUUCUCUGCUCCGCAGAGCAGAAAUCGGGGUUUAGUUACAGUAACAAAUUCACCAACCACCAAUGCGUCAAUUCUUGGCAGAUUUGUGCUUUCUGGUUUCACAAAGCCGGCAUCCAUAAUUAGUUUUGUCAAUGUUUUUUUCUUUCCUAAAGUUAAAAGUGUUUUAAGAUAAAAGUCAGACGAAAGAAUCCACCUACAGUAACACGCGAAUGACAUUUAGUUGUUUACCACAAGAGACGUCAAAAUCAUGGCGGAUGUGGCGAACAGCGUUUUUAGUGUUUAAAAAAUAUAGACUAAAAAAUAUUUUUUAAAAUUAAAUUUCUACAGCAAUCUUCUGCUUUUAUGAAAUGAAAUCGAUAUAUUAAGGUUCCUUAGACUAAAUACUUUAAGAAAUAAACAUUUAUUUAAUAUAAUUCGACAUGAGUAAACUAGCCUAUUAUAAGGCAGCGCUUUUGGAGUUUCAAUAGUUUUAAAAUAUCUACGCUAUUUCCCCACAAAACAAUGCCGUACGGGAGCGAUGCGUAAACGGACGCAUAAUAUUCAUUUAGGGCAGUCUGUUUGUCGGUGGACCUUUUUAAGUCAAACCCCCUUAUUAAUAAACGACGACUACGUUCGGAUUAGUUACACCAUGUUUUGUUUCUGUUUAUUAAAAUGACAAAUGGCAUUUGAGUGACAUGAACAAAACACGGCAUAUCCAGUUUAAACUUAUUCCUUGUUUAUGUAGAAGUGCCGGAGCUUUAUAUGUUUAGUGCGACUGUGGUAUUCAUGUGGUGGAUUGUAGGCUAGUUUAACAGCACUCUCGAUAUCAACACUUACUGACAGGAAGUUCUUAUUAGUAAGCUGCAUCAACUUUUUCUUUCUUUAAUCUUAGUAUUUGUUUUGAAGUUUCGCUAGCAGCUACUAAACCAAGGUGUUUAUACUCUCAUCUCACCCCUUAUUGCCUUUAAUGGAACAACUUGCGGCCUCUAUGGAAAGUAACCCCUAUUGGCAUAAGAAAUCGGUUCCUCCCUUGAUUAAAAGAUACACGGAGCUUAAACGCUCCAGUUCACGCAUUAGCCGUUAUUCGAAGCCUCCUGUCUUUUCUUUCCCAUACGAGUCUUUGCACUUCAGAACACAAAAUAUUAUUUUAGAUCUGGGUAUAGCGAAAUCCGUCUGCAAAAUCGGAGUGCAGGUCAAUAGUUGACAGUCGAUGGCAAGGUUGGGACCUUUUCUUCACUGACGCUUCUAGAAUGUCGGAGACAAGCUGUACAGGAGUUGCAAUUAACUUUCAGAAUUCCAGAAUAUCCCUCCUGUUCCACUGCCCCCCAGAAACGUCGGUCUGUAUGGGCGAGUGCAUAGGAAUAUUAUCAUCAUGUAUAUAUUAUAUGUAUCUGUAUCUAUAUAUAUAUAUAUACUAGCUGACCCAGCGAACUUCGUACCGCCCUAAAAAAAUAGGGGUUGUCCAGCGGACAAAAUUGUGAAUCUAAACCAUUCUCAGAUCCCCUUGAACACACACAAAAAAUUUCAUCAAAAUCGGUCCAGUCGUUUAAGAGAAGUUCAGUGACAUACACACUCACAGAAGAAUUAUAUAUAUAAAGAUAUAUAUUUAAAAUUAGUGUGUUAUGUUUGUAUGUAUUACAUUAUUUUUAUGGUAUGUAUUUAUUUAUGUAUCUAUGUUUUUUGUACAUAUAUUCGUAUUUAGCUUUAUACCGCCGUUCGUGUUUUUCAUUUUCCCCAAAGGUUGACUGGGAGAGAAUGCUUUUAGCAUUAAGUCCGCCUUUUGUACCAUUGUUAUAUUUUGGUCAAUAAAGUCUAUAUAAAUAAAUAUUGGAAGCCGUGGAAUACAUUGAAAGUCAUAAUAUUAAAAACUGUUAUCUUUUCGGAUUCGUACAGUGGUGUUCAGGCGUUAAUACAGGACUCCGUUUACAGCUAAAUAAAAAGUGUUAUAGUCAUCCAAAUUAUAAUGCGAUUCAACUAAGAAUAGGACCGACUGGGCGCCAUAUUGUGAUGUCUUAGCUGUCAAUUCAAACCAAAUAGGUAGAAUGAGCAAAAACAAGUUUUUAUUGAAUAAAACUUAUUUACUAUAAGAUUAAGUGAGAAAAAGCAUCAGAUUUUUUUAAUAACAUUUAGAUUGAGAGAAAAAACCACCGAUUUUUAAUAAUAUUUAUUUAUUAAGACUGUGAGAAAAAACAUUAAUCAGAAUCUAGCUCUUCUAUUCCGCUCAUCUCUGCACUACCGCCGGAGUAGUUAUGAAUAAUCAUACACUAUUACUAGGUCACAUACGAACAUGCAUCCUUUAUGUAAACGAAAGAUUGAAAUCGAGUUUCUGAAUGCAACUUAAAGUGACAUUUGGUUGACGAUUUAGGUUAUCAACCAUUCAUGGCCAAAGCUCAAUAAGUGAAAAAAAAUAUCAACCGAUAUUAAUUACCAAUAUUUGUUAUUGUUUCUUUACAAAUGUUUGGUUUUUAUUCUUGAAAUAGCAGAGUGCUAAAAGAGGGUUCCAAGUGUUUUUUGCAAACCGUACUUUUCAAGCGACAUUUGACAGAUAGAGGUCAUUGGCUUUCCUAUUCUUAUUUGAAUUGCAUUAUAGAAACAAAUUAUUAAACUGCGAAAGAAAAGAUCUGACCGUUUCAAUUGCUUGGAUUCCUAGUCAUUCGGACAUUGCAGGAAAUGAAUGUGCAGAUUCCCUAGCAAAGUAUGCCGUUUGUAAUGAAGUUGACCGAAAACACUUCUUUGUAAGAAAUUAUGAUCUUCUGAAUUGUGCUAAGGCUGAGUUGAAUUCAUCUUGGUCUUCGGAUUGGCGACAAAGCUCAAAACAUAAGGGUAUGGUAUAUGCAUCUGUCCAACCGGAUAUACAAUUAAAACCGUGGUUUUACAAAAGUAAGCACUUACCUAAGCAAGUUAGGUAUAUCAGUUUUAUCAAGAUUACGCCUCGGUCACUGCUGUUCCCCGGUAUUCUUACUUAAGCUCCAUAUUCGAGACAAUUCAUUGUGCGAAUGUGGGCUUGAUGAGGGUAUAAUAGACCACAUAUUUUUCUCUUGCGCAAAAAAUCGAAAAUCUUUUAAUCUCUACAGCGAAUUGAUAAAAAUUAAGGUACCGCUUCCAAUAAACAUUCGAUCACUUUUGGCAAUUUUUUAUUCUCAAAUCAUUCUUAUCUUGGCGAAAUUUAUUCAUGAUAACAAUAUUAAACUGUGAAGGUAUACUGUAACUACAACUCUAAAUUCCUGGUAUCCUCCCUUUAAUAUAACAAUAAUAAUUCAUUAAACGGUGUGGUUCAAAAAAAACUAAUUUAAGUGCACGUCUUUCCAGAAAUUCACUGACAAUUCGACGCUGAUAUCUCUCAGUACGGGACGCUGGCAGAUGGGCUUCAGAAGGAAGGCACAUUAGCCAAAAAAAAAAUUAUCUAUGACUAUUAUGAUAUCUGGAUAUUGAUGUCGAUUCUGGCAUGAUUCUCUAAAGCUAAACUUAAAUUUGACAACAGUGUAUCUUUGUCCUUCUCUAUACAGAAUGAAAAGGACAGACUGAUGUUAAGUUUUAAGUUUAGAGAAUCCUGUCAGAAUCGACACCAUUGUAGUUAGUAUGGGUAGUUAUGGGUAGUCAUACUCUCUUAAUAGUCUCUUCGGCGGUGUCGUGUGAGGCGGGUCGUUACGUUCCCUAAAGUAUGGUUGAGCGAAGCGAUGGCUGGUUCAUGCGUCAUGCUCGUGAACGGGUGCUGCCAGCGGAGAUGAGUCUGCCCUAACUUCCUUAAUAUUGAAGUUAAUGUUUAGUCACACUUAAUAUAAUUAACACUAUUUGUAUUUAUACUGUAUGACACAGCAAUCAAAAUGCAGGUAAACAAUGAAUGUAUAUUUAAUAAUUAUGUAAUAUUUUUCAAUUUGACGACUCUGUAAAUAAUAAAACAGGGAGAAAAAAACAGCCCUUGCUGAGUUUCUUGCCGGUUCUCCUCAGUACAAGGUCUCCCGCCGUAGAUUUACGAACCGAUAGCGUAGCUUCUAGACAUUCAUGAGUGCUUGUAACAGCCUAAACUGAAUAAAUGAUUUUGAAUAUGAUUAUGAUUAUUAACUGACAAAACGACGGCCAUCACCAUAACGUCAUUGCAAAUGCAAAAUAUAGCCACAGUUUUUCGGUGUCAGGGCAUAUCUAACGAUUCGAAUCUUUGGUAUCUUCC